UGAAAUGUCUCUGCACUAACAAUGGGAGGGACGGAAGCACUAUUUCGAUAUAAUUCUGUACAGUUAAAAUCGAAAAUUUACAUGGUGAUUUAACUGAUUGGCAGCUGCAAAAGAGCGCUGUUUCCAAAGACGAAGCUAAAGAACGAACAGACUUGUUUCCAGCACCAUGCAGGCUCCCUAUCCGUCGUAUCCGCCUCCGUCCACUCCGUCGUUGUCACAGUGCGUCACACGAGUUGAGCUGAACAUUUCUUGCAGAAAUUUGAGAGAUAAAGAUGUUAUGUCCAAAUCGGAUCCAAUGGCGGUUGUUAUGAUUUUGAAGGAUGGCAACUGGUUGGAGGUAACGAUGAAUGCUCAGUAUUAUUUGAUCAUUUUGUGAAACCUAUCAAGCUUAAGCUUCAAUUUUAAUAAAUGAGUAGUCGUCCUUUCCCCUAAAUCACCUGCGAUCUAGCGCGUUUUAGAAGAUGUAUGCAUACCGAGAACGGAUGUUUUAUGAGUCAAUUGAGUCAAUGAGUCAUGCGUCAUGAGUCAUGAGUCAAUGAGUCAAUGAGUCAGAUCUGAAAAAAUAAAAGUUUCGGUAGAAACAAUAAAAUUAAGCAUUACUUUUACUUAAUUUGUCUACUUGCUUCAUUGCUGCUUGCACAUGCAAGGCCUAUUUCUGACAUGAAAUCUCAACCUGGGCUGUUUGUUAGCAGUAUCCCAGUUCCUGCCGCUACUACUACGUGCAUGCCCUGAAAAAUGGCUUUCCUAAACACCCUUCAAACUAGAGUUUCCAUACUAGAAGUGAAGUGCUGCCCCAAGGUUGUUCAUAUUAGUUGAUGCAUGUGUUUUCAACAGGCGAGCUAAUGCAAAUAAACACAAACAUAAUGCAAACAAUGAAUGCCCAAAGAUUUUAAUCAAUCAACGAGCCUUGAAAGCUAUUUGAAAUUACAAUGGGUAUACAGUAAUACCUCAACAAUAAUUAUCCGUACACUGUAUGUUUCUAAUAUAAACACUGACUUUGUACAACUGUUUGACUUGCUGUUUCAUACCUGUCCUCGGGCAAAUUACAAUUCAGUUUGUUUGCCUCGUAGCAUCAUUCACCUUUUGAGGCAAGUAAAACCACAGGCGGCCCACACAAUCUGUUUGUCUAGCCGAUUGUUAUUUUAUAGUAAAUGUACUGGAUUUACCGUUUGCUUCACCUGUAGUGAUAUAUCGCUAACUAUGUAUAUAAAUCAAUGAUAAAUAAACGUUGAAUUACCUUACCCGUCGUAUAUAGUCGUCCUUUUACCUCAAAAGCGGUUUUUUGAGCGAUUUAGAAGGAGUUUGAGUUCGCCGUUGACUGUUACACAUAUAAGAAACAGUCAACGGCGAACUCAAACUCCUUCAAAAUCUCUCAAAAAACCGCUUUUGAGGUAAAAGGACGACUACAUACCACAGGUAAGGUAAUUCAACAUUUAUUUAUCAUUGAUUCAUAUACAUAGUUAGCGAUAUAUCGCUAUAGGUAAAGCAAACGGUAAAUCCAGUACAUUUACUAUAAAAUAACAAUCGGCUACACAAACAGAUUGUGUGAGCACCCUGUGGUAAAACUGAUUGGAAAAUGUGGUGAACUACAAUAGGAAGAUUAUCAACUGAAAACAACUCUGCUAUUGAUUGUUGGAACAGACACUUAGUGUCCUGGAUCGUCUUCAUUGUGUUGAUGCGUGAUCGACAGCGAUCCAGAGCGUGAAAGAAAAUUGUAUUCCCCUUGAUAAGAUUCCUGGCUAAAACCUAAUGAAUACUUCCCGGAAUACGUACCUUUACACCAGCAUGACAAGCUAAUGAGCAACAUACCGAUACAGAUAUAAAAGUGGAACUUUCCAUCAUACUCAUGACCGAUUUUCUACUUCAAACUGGGCCCAAACAUCAACACACCGAAUAUCAAAGAACGACUGUUCCCAGAUUUGAGUUCUUUGAGUGCUAAGAAAUUCCAUAAUAGGUUUAUCUCAAUUUACUUAAAGCACUGUGUUCAAAGGGAAUUAAACACUUUCUUCCGAAGCACUCACAAAAUUUAGGCUGGCUUAUUUUUUGCUUCUGCUAUGCGGCAGGACCUGGGAACUGCUAAGUCGCGAUCGAGAUUUCAUGUCAGAAAUAGGCCUUGUGCAGGCAGCAAUGAAGGAAGUAGACAAAAUAAGUAAAACUAAAGCUUAAUUUUAUUGUUUCUACCGAAACUUUUAUUUUUUCAGAUCUGAGUCAUUGACUCAUGACUCGUGACUCAUUAUGCGUUGAAUCAUUUGACUCAUUAAUACUUUACACUCACCAAACAGAACAGAAUUGUAUUACAUGUAUUGUUUCUGUGCCAAUCAGAAAAAUGUCAAUUUUUUUACCUUUUCAAGAUCUGACACAUCAAUGUAUCAUGGCCAGCUCUUCCCACAAGAGAAGGAUAUGAUCUCAGGUCACCUAUUUUCUUUAUUCUGAUUUCCAGGUUGGCCGAACUGAAAGACUGGAUAACACACUAAAUCCACGGUUUUCUAAAGCUGUUCUAGUAGACUACUUUUUUGAAGAGCUUCAGAAGCUGAAGUUUUUCAUCUAUGAUAUUGAUAGCCCCACUGGAAACUUGAAAACGGCAGAUUUCUUGGGGGAGUUAGAGUGCACAUUGGGUCAGGUGAGGUAUAUGCUGAAUUUACUAGCUUACUACACAGACAUUCUUUUGGCUCAUCAGGGAUUCUUUCUGUGUGUGACAAACCCCUUGGAAUGUCUGUGUGAGAAGCUAUAAGAUGAGUGAUUUUUCACAAACAAGAACUCAUUUAAAAAAGCGUGAGGUCUGGCUUGCUUGGAGAGGCGAUUAAUUCUACACGAAACAGGAUUUCCUUGCUAAAAGUUUUUUACUUCCUACUUUAUCGACGGUCGAGUAUUCUUUAGGACAUUUUUUUGUCUUUUUAUAUUGUAUUCAACAAUGAUUGAGAACGCAUGUAUAAAUGCACAAAAAUCAAUUCAAGAGAAAUUACAUCUUUGCUAGAGACCAAAAACACAGUCAAUGAGCAAGGCGCACGUCAUUUCAAUCAUCACUAACAAUAAACUGCAUGCUUAUCACAAGACUCAUUUGCACACAAUGAAAGUGUACAACACCUGACCAGUUUAUAGCCUCACCAUCAAAGUUUUCACAGAAGUAUUCACUUUCUCCAAAGUAAUCAACGCUUUCAAGCAAUAGAAUUCACAGACCGACUCAUUCACAUCAAUCUUUCCCAAGCUUUCUUCACAAAAUUAAGUAUGGCGCUGUGACACGUUGCGAUUCUUAUCCCCAGUUUCCAUGGUCUCUGCUUGGAAUGCCAGGGCUGGUGGGACACUAUGAUCGACUUCCCUUUUGGCACGAACACAUGAAAAAAAAGAGCAAGCGAGACUAAUUAAAGCUACCGUUGUGUGAGAUUUGAGCCUCAGAAGGUGUCUUGCUUUAUAGCUGAGAGUUUUGGGGGGAAAAAGAUAACUUUUUCAGUGUAUUGAAACUUGUCAUAACUUAAUAGGCAUGCAUGUGUUUGCUUAUUAUAACCUGAGCUGAAUUAAGGAAACACAGUACAGAGUCAUCAGUCGUCAGGGUGCAAAGAAAAUCAUUUUUACAGCUUGCCAUUCGGGCAAGCUGAAGCUAUUUUACUAGCCCAGAGGUCAUUUCCACUAGCCCCAAAAGCUUUUUGAAGAGCAGAAUUGAUCUGAUAGUUCUUCUGUUAUUCGAAUUCCUCAAAAAAGACCACUUGCCCGUCGGGCAAGUUAAAAACAGAAUUCGCUAGCCCGAUAGCAAAAUCCACUAGCCCUAGGCUAUCGGACACCAGGGCUGCAAAUAACAGCCGGUCAACGGACAAUGUCCGGCCUGAUCGCGGACUUGACCGGUCAAACUCCGCUCUUGCCGGUCAUUUUGACCGGUCAUUUUUGGAUACAAACACUUUAUUUUCCAUACAGUUGUCGCUUAAUGCUCUAUAACGCUGCAAUGAUUUCUUUUUUCUUUGGCAUUUUUUGCUGCUUUGCACUAAACCCUUCUAAGAAAAAGAACGCCACAAUAAAUUAAUUUCAUGUCGUCAUGUCGUAACCUAACGCAACAAAGUGAAUAACAAACUGAGUUGGAAAGUAACGCAACGUUGCAAGUCGUACUGUACUUUCGGCUUUGCUGUAAUCAGCAAUGUAACCUUCUUUGGGAAUUCAAACUCAAAGGAAUUCAGGCAAAUCGAUCGCAAUUCUCAACAGGUCGUCCUGUGUUUCUCCGGGAAUAAAUGUUAGCGCAUCGAUUAAUAAUAAUUUCUUUUAUGUCGAACAUGAAUCUCGUUUGCAGACUAGAUUCCGGAAUGGUGUGAUAAAAAUUUAAGCUAGUCAAGAGGGAAGGUCGUUGUCUAUCGCGGCGCUAGAUUCUGGUUCUUGUAAACAACUUUAUGCAAAUUUCUGUUGACAUUUGAGCCCUUCGCGAUAAAAUGUUGCGCGAUGACCCAAAUUUAUUUAUUGACUUCUGAUCAUCAACACGCUGUUUGUGGAACAAACUUCUCGCCAAUGCAAAUCAACUUCUUUGCCGAAAAUAUCAGCGACGAUUCUUCUUUGAGGAAGUGACUUUCGAUCACGUGCCAGGCAAGGAAAAAGAUCAAGUUUCACUGAUGUUCAUUUCAGAACAUCAAUGUAAAACAAGCGUGUGCAGAUUUUAUAAAAUAACCCAAUUUUUUUUUUUUUUUUUUGGUAAUUUCUAAAAUUUUGCUGAACUGUAUGUGUAGUCCGUUUCUUGAACCUUGGGAGUUUGAAAAGGGUUUACGCUUCACUUUUUACCUCUAGAGACUUCAGACACCGCCGUGCAAUGAUACUCAAGGUAGAACGUAACAUUAAAACGCGCGAAAACCACGGAAAGGAACUCUACAACGUGCAAAUGCAUUUUUCACCAAUUUGCUGUCAAAAAUGUGAACGUCAAUGUAGUAAUAACGAUCUAUUGCCAGCAUAAUUGGAUAUUCCUUAGGCCAAAAAAAAUUAUUAGUAUUCAUUAUUUGACCGGCCAGAAUCGGGGUUUGUCCGGGCUAAAAAAUAUUUGGCUGGUCAUCAUGACCGGCAACCUGCUGUCCGUUAUUUGCAGCCCUGAGUCCCCACUUUCUUUGCACGCUGGUAGUGUACUUUUAAUGACGUAGUGGUUCCCAAAGGAGCAAUUUGUUUAAUAAUUUAUUGUGUAGGGAAGAAGUUUUAGCAUUCACCAUCCUCUUCGCUGUGAGUGUCAAAGUGGUCUUCUACCUCCUCAUGCUCUAUGUCAAAUUCAUUUUCGCAAAGAGGAUCAAAACCUUUUUCAUCUGAAUUAUAUUAUAUAAUUUUGAACUAAAACAUAUAUAUAUAUGCUUGCUUGGUUUGUUAUUUCAAGGCCAUUUUUAAAAUAUAUUUUCAGCUUGUAUCAUCUGGAACCUACACGAAACCACUUGUAUUGAAAGGAACUAGUAAUUCCGCGCAUGCUGGGGCAAUAACGGUAGGCUAGAGACAAACAUUUUAAUAUUUUAACACUUGAUAGAACCUACUUUGUCGAGUCUGAGCAACUCGACAUUAAAACUCAAUUUUAAAAGAUAUGUCCCCAUGCCAUGCAUGUUUUACUGUUUUUUGGUGCAAUUUGAUCGUGUGGUACAUGUACUUAAAAAAAAAACAAUCGUUCUUUCCGGGGACCCCCUCUUGGGGUGGGUACCUAUGUCCCUAUGUCCCUAUAUGUCGCAUAUACCUAUGUCCCUAUGUACUUAUGUCCCCAGUCUGGAUUUCAAAACCUGUCGUUUUGUCAAUAAUUGAUGAUGAGGAGACCAUGCCCCUGUUGGUAUUUCACUAUUGUGUUUGGGAUUGUCCUCAUCGCUGUCGCAAUUUCAGUACCAUCUUCAUGUCAUUUGUCGCCAAUUCAUCCAUCUUAUCAGGGUAAGACUGAAAAUGAAAAAAAUCAGCUUGCCCUGUGGGAAAGCUGCUACUUUAGUCUACUAGCCCGGAGUUCUGAGGAGCUUAACCCAAAAGUAAAUUGAUCGUUGAAAAAUACUAAAAUUUAAUUAUUAUGCAAAAUAACACAGUAAUUAAUAAUACUGAACAUAGAAAAACUAAUUUUUGUUAUAUUUAAGGAAUAGGAAUAUUGAUUAUUGACUUUAAUUUUGUUUGAAACUCAACCUAAUGAAAUACAACAAAAGUCAAAUAGACUAGUGAAUUUGUUAAAAGCUAAAUUAAUAUUGUUCAGUAAGCAAAGAUUUUCUCCGCUGUGAUUCAUUCUUCCUGAACAUUUUCAAUAAUUAGUAAUGGUAACAGGGGUGACUAUAAGGAGUGCAAUAAUAUUGAGGGAGUAAUCGGGCGAGUAAUUUUAGUUACGAGCACAUGUAUUUGUCCAGCAUUUUGAUGCAAUUUAUAUUAUUUUUGUUCAAUAUUGCGGGUUUUAGAAAGACAUUAUUUGUUUACUUUAAGUGACGCAUUAUUGUGCGCUAAUUUUACUCAGAAAAAUUCUUAGCUGCAUAGCUAUUUUGGGAAGACAAACAUAAUAAUUAUUAUAAUUAUUGUAAUAUAUUUACUUAAAGCUUUCUUUCCUUACAACCACCCUCCCCCUUCCAUUUUUGCUGCUUCCUUCUUGCCUGUCUCUUACACUCUUUCUGCUUGGCUAAAAGGAAAUUCAUAGAAAUGAUUGUUACGUAGGGUAGCACUUUUUGACCCUUUAUCACUCGUGAUAUGAUUGCACACAUUUUGAUCUUCUAUCGCCCGAAACUUUAGUACACAUAGCACACAGCAUUGGGUACACUGUAUCUAUACCUGAAGUUUAUUUUGUAUUCAUAGUCUAGGCAAAAAGAGAAUUUGAUGGCAAUUUUCUUGUCAGGUGGUUGCAGAGGAAGUUGCUGGGGGAAGUGAUGAAGUAUAUUUGCAGUUCAGGGCUGAAAAAUUAGACAAGAAGGUCAGUUUAAGAAUUAAUUAUUUUAAAUAUGCUGUACAUCAAGCAAUACUUGCCUUAUAGGGGCUUUGUAAUGUCAUAAAAAUUAUGUUCAUAGGAAAGUAUGUAUGCUAGGUUUGCACUCUUAGUAUUUGCCACACAGCUGUAGUUGUCAACAUUUAUAACAAUUUUGAGAUGUUAAUUUUAACACGAACAUUGUUGUUUACUUCUUAUGCUAUGGUUGUGUCCCAGUAUCAUUCCUAGCAGGGGCGGCAGCGCAUUUUGAAAUGUGGGGGGCUCAUCUUCCACUCAGCCUUGCCCAUACCCCUCCUUAAAUUUUCCAAAAAUCCCUUGGUGUUUUUAGUUGGCACAAGGAAACCUCUUUCCAAUCCUCACAGUGUCUAGUGUGCCAGUAAUCACUUUGUGACAAUGCAUCAUGAUCAGUACGCAGUUGUUCAAGCUUGUUCAGGCAGUCCUGCACUUCAUGGUGCUUCUUGGGUAGGUCUUGAGUCGUCUGAGGGCAGAAAAUGUGCUCUCUGAAGUCACCAAUGUGACAGGUACAGCUGUAAUGUCGAAUACAUCGGUAAAGGUGUUUUUCAGCACCAAAACAUGGGCAGGCCCCCUGCUCCAUUGCCUAUGCUUAGAGCUUUUUUAUUCCCUUCAUAUAGGAUAUAGGAGAUGCACAGUUACCAUCCAUUUUCUGAAAGAACACGCCUGGGAAUGAAGACUUGGUCAUUUCCUGCAUAUAUGAAAAUGAUUUAACUCUUGGUUUGGCAAAGAUGUGCUUGUUACUGAUAAUUCCUCAUCAUUUGUAACUUGUCAAUCAUUUCAUGUAUCUCCAUACAGGAUUUUCUUGGAAAGAGUGACCCUUUCUUAGAACUUGCAAGAUCAAAAGAAGAUGGAACUUUUGUUGUGGUGCAUAGAACAGAGGUUAUUAAUAUCUUGUUAUGUUAUUUGGUGCUUAAACAGCUGCAUAAAGAGAAUAUCAUAAAUUAUGUGACUUGAGAAGUGUGUUAACAUGGUGUUAGUGCAGGAGUGCUCAGUUUGCCGCAAUCAUUCACGGGUCCACACAUAAUUAUCAGCAAAUUGGAAGGUGAAUCUAGUGGUUUAUCAGAAGCAGAAGCAUUUGCUUCUGUCAGAAGUCACUUGGGGCUUCAUUCUGAUACCCCUUUGCUUGUGGAAGGCAGAUGAAGUGGAAAAAUGAGACAAAACAGAGAAAAUAGCGAGAACAUUUCAUCUCCCUCAUCCCUAUUUCAACAAAAGUCAAGGGGAGUGGGAGAACGGGCAACUGCAUGUGAUUGUUAGUCAAAGAAUGUCAGCAGGGUCUCGAGACUUAACAAAAAUUUUCAGUUGCAAGAUGGCAUGAAGUGGUCACCAGAAAUUUUGUGUCAUUUCUCUAAUGACAUGACAAUGACAAUGACAAUUUGUUGGACAUCUUAUGGUUAUGUGCAAUAUAGGCUUACUGCUUCUUUGCUUGAAGAGGAAUCAGAUACUUUUUUCCAAAUUAAAGUAAAGAAAGAAUAUUUCAAAAUUUGUUGAGAUGGUUAUAUUAGGUUACUCAAACCAUGUUACAAAAUUAAUGUUCUUAAUCACAUCACUUAUUCACUUCUGCAGGUUGUUGAGAACAAUUUAAAUCCAAGAUGGAAAGCAUUUCAAAUCCCUGUUCAGCAGAUAUGUAAUGGAGAUUAUGACAGAACCAUUCAAGUAAGUAUAUUUUGAUCAGAUAAUGCUGACUUUGUUAAUCACAGUACUUGGUAAAGAGCCACAUUUUUUUGCCAUAUUUAACAAUUAUUCUUUGAAAUCGAGGUGAAUAGUGGCAAAAUAUUUACCGAGCCGCGAAAGCAGCGAGGUAAAUAUUCCCAAAGCCACUAUUCACCGAGAUUGAGAAGAAUAAUUGUUUUAGUAUAUACACACGAAGUGAUCUCAACAAAAUCAGAAAGGAAACCAAUCAAAAGUAGGAUUUGAUUGACAGAUCAAAUCACGCGUAAGUUUAAAAAUAGAUCUUUGCAGAAUUUUCAAACAUGGCAAUUCACAAGUUUACUCAUUUCGCAAACAACAGCGUAAUGGCUUCAAUGGAAUCGCUAAAAGUUUGAACUGUUUCCUUACCUGAGAAAAAAAGUAGAGCUGUGUUGUUUUCUGUUGACUCGCCAAGUUUAUAGCCAAAAGGGCAUGUUGUGUCGUUCUUCGCAUGAAGUGCUGACAAAAAUGGCGGCUCGGUUGCGCGAGGUAAGAGGUCGUCUUCCUGUAUCAUUCUUUUUCCUGUUUACUUGAAAUGUAGAAUUUCUGCAAACAUUUCCUUUUAAAUUUGUUUGUCAUAAAUAAACUUCGAUUUUUGAGCCAAAAUUUUCUUCUUAGAAAACGCUGAGUUCACGAAACGGCUUCUUCUACGCGAAUACACGGGAGUUGUAAACAAUCCAUCGAGCACAAAACUCCUGCUACAGUAAAUUGAAAAACGCCGUAUUGAAUCCUUCCAAGUCUUUUCUUGCCUUAAAAAAAGUCAGCCCUAGGAUUUUGUCGACUUUUAAAAGAUCGUUCUCUAAAAAAAAACGGGAAAAACACCGAGCUCACACAUUAUCCACUCGCUAGGAGGUGAUUAUUGUUGAAUAGUCCGAGAUAGCGAACCAAUCAGAUUGCUUAAAUCACCAAGAUCACUGAGUGUGUAUAUACUAAUAUAGGUUAUACCCAGUAGAUAAAAAUUAAUUUUGUCCAAGGUUUAUAACAAAAUGACACUGUCAGCAUGCAAAGAAAGUAUGUGUCCGAUAGUCCAGGGCUAGUGGAUUUUGCUAUCAGGCUAGUGAAUUUUCUGUUCUCAACUUGCCCAAUGGGCAAGUGAAGUUUUUUGAGGAACUCAAAUUGCAGGAGAACUGUGAAAUCAAUUCUGGGCCUCAUGAAAGUGUUUUUGAGACUAGUUGAAAUGAUGUUUGGGCUAGUAUAUGCUAGCUUCAGCUUGCCCGAAUGGGAAGCUUUAAAAAUGACUUUCAUUGCACCCUGACUGUUAAAAAAAAAAGAAGAGAUGAUUGACCUACGUACUGUCCCUUAGAGAGGUGAUACGUGAUGUUUUGCAGCCAGGGCUGUAGCAUGGGGAGGGGCUGGGUGGCCCGUGCCCCCGAGGUUUUAGUCCAGUUUUUUGCCCCAAAAAGUCAAAACAUGCAUGCAUAAAAGUUGAAAAUAGAAAAUCAUCUCCAAGAGCAGUGAAACAAUGAUGUCUCCGCAGUUAGGUGAAAAAUUUUCUGGUUUUAAGAUGCGGAGACCAUUCCAAUGGGUCCUUCAGACCCAAAACCCUCUGCUUUUCAAAUACAUUGAGCUACCUAAAAUCUGUGUGCCCCCUAGUUUCUAAAGGCUUGCAACGGCCCUGUUGCAUAACUGCAUUUACUUUAUUAUGUUAUUAAAAUCAUUAAACUUUUCUUUGUCAGAUUUCAUGUUUUGACUGGGAUUCUGAUGGAUCACAUGAUUUGAUUGGCUCAUUUACCACAAAUCUCCGAGAGAUGUGUUCAGUUCAACCACCCAGAGAGGUAUUCAGUUAAUACUUGUAGUCAUUUUAAGCUUGGAUCUAUAUAGGUUUAAUAUUAUCAACAACCUCAGUCAGUACAACUACUUAGUUGAUUCUCUGGCGUGGUGUAGUGGUCAUUGUGCUGGGAAGUAGAUCCUGCAGAAAUGUUGGGUUCAGUGCGUGUUGUCAACCAGCAAUUGUUUUCCUUAAUUAAUUUUGUCAUUCUCUGCUUUUAGUAUUUUUCUGCUUUUAGUACUCUUAUGAUAAUGCAUUUUUAAAUUUUUAUCACAUGUUCUUAUUAAUAAUUUUGUAAGUACAGUUGACUCCCGAUAACUCGAACCCUCACUAACUCGAACCUCGCGCUAGCUCGAACCAAAAUCGAUUUCCCCUGGAUUUCUGUCAUACAUUUACUGUAAUUUUACCCUCCGUAACUCGAACCCUCGAUAACUCAAAACUCCCGCUAACUUGAAGUAAUUUUUGUUUCCUCUCAGAUCAUUUCUGUAUAAUUUUACCCUCGAUAACUCGAACCAUGUUUUGAGCCCUAAAAAAGUCGGGAAAAUAACAGUGUACUGCUUCCGAAGCAUUGAAUUUUGAAUUUCCCAUUGACAUGUUGUAGGCAUCUAGUUUACUAGUGGAUCGAUAGUGGAGGCUGAUCUUGUUUGUCACAAAUCUAACGUGAAAUAGCUUUACUUCCCAAAAAGUAAAAUGCAUGCUCUAUUUAGGCAAUGUUUUGUUACUUUAUGUUCUGAUUUAUAAUUUAAAAGUAUGUUUCAAUUUUCACUCAACAUAUCUACAAUUAAAUGUGAUUAAAAUGCUCACUGUGCAGUAAAAACUGGUUUUUUUUUCCUAAAAGCCGGCUAUUUUCUUCGAGCUCCCGAUAACUCGAACCUUUUUCGAUUUCCCUUGAAGGUUCGAGUUAUUGGGAGUCAACUGUAGAGAUAUCGUGAAGAGAUCUAAUAAAGUUAUCUUAUCUCAUCUUAUCUUAUCCAAUUCCCUUCCACUUCACAGUUCAGAAACGUUGUCUUCUUCAGUUGAAGUAUCAGGUUCCAGUUGAUCAAAAGGUGGAUUAGCGCUAUCCACUGGAUAAAUGGAUAACCAGAGGACAAUGCAGUUGUUUUUUCUAAUACUUAUCCACUUGAUAAUGAUAAAUUUUAUCUGGUAGAUAGCACUAACCAACGUUUGAACAAAACACAGAAUAUGCCUUGAAGUCUCUUUAACCCCUGUGAGUGACUGGCCAACUUUAAAAUUUCUCCUUAUGGUUUCACUGGUCAAUCAAACAAAAGGUCUUGAGGAAAAAGGAAAUGAUCGAGAAGUUAAAAAGGUCUUAUAAUAAAUUAUGAAAGACAUAACUAAAAAGAAAAAAUAUUGUUAGACAAGUCCUCAUUAGUGUCAUAAAAAAAUGUAUCGGUUUCAAUGUAUACAGUGUAUGGGUUACCACGAAUAUUAUGAUGAUAAUAAUGUUGUAAAUCCUUAAUCCUCUAGUUUGACUGAGAGCCCCUUUUCUCAUAAGUGUUAGUUCAAGUUCAGUAGCACUCGCAAGGCUGUGCUCUAAAUAAUUAUAUUUUAAGGAAAAUUGAUGGAAGCCCCCAGUGCUCUGUAUCUGGAAAAUCUAGAGUUCCCAGUAUAUGAUUUGUAUAAAGAACUAAGUUUUUCUAGUCACCCAAGAGCAAAAGUUGGGCACCAGGGGCCACCGGGCUGUACUAGAGCAUAACCCUGACUCUGGAAAAAAUGCCCGGAUCGAUAAGUGUACAUUUCUGGGAAACUGCCCACCUAUUCUACCCCUCCCCUAAGCCAACAUCAACACCUGCUUCUCACUUAGGGCAAAAUGUUGGCUCAGGGGAGGGGUAGGUGGGCAGUUUCCCAAAAACAUAUAAUGAUCCAAAUGCCCUUAGAGGGACUAAAAUAGGGGAAUGUGUUUUUUUAACUAUGCCUUUAUUUUGUACAUGAAAAUAAUUUUGUAUUUUGUUUCUAGGUUCAGUGGCCAUGUAUAAAUAUCAAGAAACAGAAGAAGAAGAAGGGAUACAAGAAUUCUGGUUUAGUUUCUGUUUCAAGAUGCGAGGUACAACUCCACUGGAUUUUAGAGGACAGUGUUUCUUUUAAACAGUGUAGUUUUUGUAUCGUGAUAUAUGCUUUGCUAUUUAUAGCUUGGAAACUUUUUAUUUCUAAUUUUUGUAGGUUAUGAAAGUUUCAUCGUUUCUAGACUAUAUUCAAGGUGGCUGCCAACUAAAUUUCACGGUGAGUUAUUUUUUAGUUGUUAUGAUCCUUUUUUGCCGUAAGGAAUUCACCUGCCACCACAGAUCGUGGUGCAGUGUUCCUCGUACAAGUUCUCAUGCCAUACAUCUUGCUAUGUUAUGGUUAUACACUGUUCUUUCCAAUUUAUUGUUUACAGCCAAAGGAACUGCAUCUACAAUCAUGGACAAAAUUCCUUGGGACAAUAAUGCAGUAUUCAAUAUUUUUGUGUCAUUUCUGGGUUACCUCAUAAAAACGUGCAUCCUUUUCAAAAUUUUCUUGCAGUUCUCCCUCCCCCAGCCUAUAACAAAGUUGAAACUCGGAAAAAAAUCCUGGAUACACGCGUCCAAUUUUGUUUGCCGGGUAAGGGGAGGGGUUGGGCCUUUGCAAAACAGAAAACGCCCAAGAAAUGCAAAAGUGUCCCAAGACUUUUGUCCAUGAUUAUUAUGAUCUUUUUUUGCUGUAAGGAAUUCACCUGCCACUGCUGAUCAUGGUGCAAUGUUCCUCGUACAAUCCUUUAUGCCAUACAUCUUGCUAUGUUAUAGUUAUACAGUGUUCUUUCUAUAAUUUAUUGUUUAUAGCCAAAGGAACUGCAUCUAGAUCUACAUCAUUCAAUAAGUUGCAAAAUCCUAAUCAGGACAGUAGCAUAAAAAUGUAACAUAGAAGGAACAAAAAAAGUGGCUGCUGUACUAACUUAGGGGGAAAAAAAGACUUUGGGUUAGAACUCUCGGCUGACUUUUAACAUGAGCCACUAUCACAUUUAGAAAAGGUCACUUCCGUCCAGCAAUGCAAGAAAACUUGGAACUCUGGUGCAUUUUGUACUUCAUAUUAGACACAAUUAUUUCUAAUUUCCAUAAUUAUGACUUCAUGUAGACAGAAUUGCUUGCAUUUUGAUGAGGAUUAGGGCUUAAAAGAGACACUUUGAGGCAUCUAUCAUCAAGAGCAUGAAUCUCAUUAACUGGCAAUCCUGGACAGUCAUAUCUUAUGAACAUAGUCAAGGGUUUUUUUUUUGUCCUGAUGGAAGAAAAAAUAGUAGCUUCUUAGGGAUAACUGUAGUUUUGAUGACUGAUAAUGUCUUCCUAUGCUGUGAAUACUGCGCUUAUUAAAUCUGGGCUGUUAAACUAUUAAUAUUAUUUUGACCUUAAAUACCUUGAAAUCAAAGUUCAUAUAGUUUGAUGGUAAAUAAGUGCUGUAUAGCUAGACUUGCUGGGCUGUUCUCUUUAUUUAAUGCUGCAAUUAUAGUAGAUAUGCAAGUACAUGUAUGAUACAAACAUGUACUUACAUGUAAUGCAGUAUUGUCUUAAUUGAGGCCCCAUACAUGUGCAAUUUGGUACAAACUUAUCCUGUAAGCAUCUUUUCAAAUACCUCAAUCCGCCCUCUACCCUGCCCACUUCCUCAAAAACCAUUACUCAGGUCAAAAUGUCAAAUGUCAAAACGUCAAAAGGUGCAUUAAUUGUAGGAGGGUUUCACAUGCUCAACAUGUUUGUUAGACUCUAUGCACACGAAGCUAAAUUAUUGACGCAAGUGUUGAAGUUAACUGUCACAAUUGACCAAUCACAGGGCCCACCAUGCCAGGAGUUGGUAAACCGAAAUGAGUAUUGAAAGCAAUGCUUACAAGCUCCACUACUCAAUCUCUCCCCAAGCCCCUGCACCCGCGGUUCUUGCACAACUUUUUUCGAACCGCUUUCCCCAUUAACCUGGAGUCUGGAACAGGCUUUUUGUACUGUUACUCUGGCAUGUGAACAGCUGAUGUAAUAUUUAAUAUAUAGACUUAGCCAGGGCUAAAAGCGAAGCUCCUAUUAACUCGAAUUUAUGAUUUAAAUCGAACAAUAAACUUGCAAUUGUAUUCCACAAAUCAGUUAACUUUAGAGCACAUUCAUGCGACUUUUGCAAACAGUCCAAGCUAAGAGUGAACUUAAUCUUAGAUCGAGCUCAUAGCCUUUAUAUACGUACACCCAAAGAAUAGCAAUCAUAUUCGAUCACAUUUAAGAGCCAUAAUGGCUCUUGAUCACAGUAGACUAGGCCUGGAAAACAAAUUCUUGGAAAACAAAUCAGGCCGAAUUUUUUGCGUUCGACAAGUUUAUAAUUUACUUUACAAAAUCUUGCCAACAAGUCUGGGGACGUGUAAACCAACCUUUUGUACUUUUUAUACAUCACAUCUAAGGUGAAACAGUACCAUGAGGCGCUGUUUCUAUCAUACAGACCUCGGAAAGAAUGCAGUAUUUCACAAUUUUGCAAUACAAAUUGCACUCACUCAAGAUUCAGGACGAUCGAAGCACGCGUCUGCUUUUACCGGAACCGUUAAAAAAAUUUCCAAAAUCACCUACAUAUACGGCUAGCCGGUUGUCACUUUUGACAAGCGCCAAAGUCGACUGUUUAAAUCAAGAUUAAUAGAGUUAUACGUUUCAACAUGAUACAGAAUUUAUUACGUUUAUUUUUUUGUUUAAUGGUUUUAUAACGAUGUGUAAUCUUCGUUUGAUACGCGCGGCAUUUUGAGUACUCCUGCAAGCGAUGUUCAUUAGAGACUGAAAACAAACGGCACGGAGAUUAAAAUUGCAAACGAGACCACUAACAAUCAAUAAAAGGAAAAUAAUUCGGUGAAACAUAUACAGAGACAACAAUUUUCAUUCACGAAGACAAGUAUUAAAGUGUCUCUGAAAAUCCUUGUUUACGUUUUAAGCCUGCUUCCCGGUGUUUGCUUUUUUCAAAGAUGAACUCGAGGCAAGAAAAUUGCUCAAAGCUUUCUUUUACAGCCAGAAUUAUAGCUAAAUAUUUUUUGAAACGUUUUCUUUCUGUUUGCGGUGAGAAAAUGUCUAAAGGCUUUUUAAAAGUUCCAUUAGCUUUUAAUCAAACCUGAUACUCGGUCAGAUCAUUGUCUCAAAUCUUACAAACGUGCAUAAACUAAAUAGCCGCAUAAACUACGCCCGACUUCAUUAUAUUAGAUAUAAAAAACAAACACCAAAUACAAUACUCAGGCUUACCGUUCGAGAUGCACGGAAAACUAUCAAGUAAGGCCAGAACCGCUUCAGACUUUUCAACCCUCUUACGCAUCAAGCAAGGUGAAAAACGAAAACGAUGCCAUCCGAAAUCAGAUUUCCGACUUUGACAAGCGACGUAUUUCUCAACCAAAACCCCAAUAAACAAACUAGCUGUAAAUAACAGAAGACUCUUGAAGCUUCUUGAUAGCAGCAGAAUUUCAUUUUGUACAUCCAGUGGAAAAAGACAGUUAAAAACAUCACAAGCUGACACAAAACUCUGUCAGCUUCAGCUCUCAAAGUAAACAAGUUUCAAGAUGCUGCAUAAAUUUUCCGCAUGAGCUCACCUGUCAAAUUUUGACCAAUCAGAGCAUAAAAAUUGGACGUAGAGCGUGACCAGCACGUGACCUUGGUGAGAAAAGUCAAAAGCAACUGGCAUGAACUGGCAUGUCUUCUCUGCCUGUAAAAACUGGCUGAAUUUUAGCUUCCGAGGUCAGUUUGAAAUCAAAAUUUUAAUUGUGCGGCACAUAUUAAACACAACAUAUUUCAUAUGAAUUAAAAAAGAUUAAACUUGAGCCUGCGAUCAUUUGAAAACUAGUAACUUGUCAGCGGAUAACUUUAAAAAGAUACUCGACCUGGAUGGGUCGACACCUGAGCCCGCGAUAUGGUCAGGUGAUACUGGUCAGCGGAUACUUUGUUUUGACAGCUGUCAAUUGAUCACAACAUUGAUGUACAAUGUGUGUGCAAUAUCAGUCUUCCUGUGCUCCCAAACUAGCUAGAGUGAACAUUGGUUGCCCUGUGGUGCGGACGGACGGGCAGGCGGUGUACAGUCACGUGAUUACCAAAUUUUCUGGGAUGGGUAGAUUUACUUACCCAUGGUGCUCCGCAGGUGCGCUUCGCACACCAGAGCUUCGCUAUUACUAAUUUUGCUUUGGCUCACAGGUUGGAAUAGACUUCACAGCCUCUAAUGGUGACCCCACUAAGAGCACUUCACUUCACUACAUCAAUCCUUAUGCACCAAAUGAAUACGCGCAGGUGCUGACGGCUGUGGGGGAAAUUAUUCAGGAUUAUGACAGGUAAUGAACGCUUAAAACUAACUGGUCAAGAACUAAAUUCUUGUUGGUGUCUAUGUUGUGGUUUGAUUUUAUCCCUGGUUUAAUUUUUAUCUCCCAUUGUCUCAAACUUGUUAUCAUACAUUACCAUACCUUACAAAAAAGGAAAAUAAGAUUUAGACCAGGGAAAGAAUUGAACCACAACAGCUACACAAAUGUGAGGUCCAAGUUAUGUGGAAUUGCUAAAUUGCUUUGAAUCAUAUGCGAUCAGUGGAUUUACUCGUGGGUUACAGUGUAAACUGUAUGAUGAAAAUUUAUUGGAUGUAGGAAUUUCUGUUCCUCACCCAAGGGCAGUUUUGACAAAUAUCACAGAUGAUUCUUGAAAAUUUACUUCAGCCAGAUCUGUUUUUAUAGGGACAAAUCAUCUGACUGUUCCAAGUUUCUGCAGCAUUAACUCCUCAAAUGUCAUUUUGCAGGGGAACCAGCAACCUGAAUUGCAGAUGGAUCGAACUCCUGGUAAUGUCUGCAAAACAGUGCCAAAAUCCUUGUCCUGGGCAACCACUCAUCUACCAGGAUAUGAGACGCCAUUAUUGGACUGUUAAAAUGCUAUUGUUGUUUUGUCAAUCAAUCAAUCAAAGGGAAAUUUCGGGUAAUACAUUGAGCCCAUUAGGGACCCAGAACAAGGAAUAUGGGCACUACUUUGCGGACGUCACUAACCAGGGCAAGAUUUUGUCUACGAGUGGUGUCAGUUUAGGGUCAUGUUGGCUGACUCAGUUAGCAAGACUGUGUGGCUAGAGUGUGCAACAAUGCAUUAAAAUAAUGUAAAAUUCCAAAAAUAAGCCCUUCCAUGUAUAAGCCCCUCCAUGUAUAAGCCCUCCAAAUAUAAGCCCUCCCUCCCCAAAUCGGUAAUGAAAAAACCCUCCGUUAAACAACCCCUCCAAAUAUAUGCCCCCCAGGGGCUUGUACUUGGAAAAUUUCCCUCAAAUACAAAGUAAAACAAAGCAAAAACGGUAAAUUAAGCCCAAUCGAUUUUGAAACACAAUUAAAUUUCCCUCUGUAGAUUAGCCCCUCCGAAUAAGCCCCUCCAAAAUUAAGCUCCUCAAAAACGGCCUUUAAAAAAUGAAAUUUUAUGGUAUACUUGUCAAAUGAAACCUUUUCAUCUUCUUUUUUACAGUGACAAACUUUUUCCUGCAUUUGGUUUUGGAGCCAGAAUUCCACCCUCGUACCAGGUAUGUGGUCUGAUAAGCUUUCUCCCCCUGGGAAUUUUGGAUCAUCAUAUGUCUCUGGGAAACUGCCCACCUAUCCCUCCCCAAAGCCAAUAUUAACACUUACUUCUCAGUUAGAACAAAAUGUUGGCUUAGGGGAGGGGUAGGUGGGCAGUUUCCCAGAAACAUGAUCUGCAAUUUCAAGGUUACAUGCGGUUAGUGUUCUCAUGCUUUAAACCAAUGUUUAAAUUAGUUUCUUUUUUACCACUUUUUAGGUUUCGCAUCAGUUUCCACUGAACUUUAAUCCUAGCAAUCCUUACUGCGCAGGUAUAAAUAAUAUUUUAUUAUUUUCAAUUGUUCUUUGUGCCUUUUUUGGUCAGCAGAUCAAGUUAUACAAGAGAGAGGACUGAUGCUUGUAUUGUAUCAUAGUGCCUCAUGCUCACUUCAACCAGGUGUAUAAAUGGGUACUGGUAAAUAUUGAUACUGGGGAUAUGCAUGCAAUAGAGGAGGAACCUUUCCAGGGGGGGAAUAAAAAUACAUUGUAUUCUUAGCUGCCAUAUAAGAGGUAGCACAUCCAUAAACUGGUUCUUCUACUUGGGUUUUGAUGAAAGGGAAAAAUCGGUAGAGUACCCAGAAGAAAUUUAAGCCUCUUUGAGAAAAUUAAGGAAGAGAACUAACAACUUAAGAUGGAAUCCACCAGGAAAUUGAAUAAUUUUAAUUUUCAGUGGACAAAAACCUUAUACCAGAAUAAUUUAAAGAAUAUUGCAUUCUUUUUUACAUUUUUCAAGGGCUUAAGAUGCAAUAAAUCAUCUGUAGUAACACCAAAGAAAAUUUAUCAUGGAGGUCCAAGAAAGUGAAUGUCAAAUUUCACAAUUUGACCUGUGUAUUCACAAUUUUUGUGAAUACACAGGUAAAAUUCUGAACAUUUCAUGUUUAAGAUGUCAUUCUGUGAAAUUUGACAUUCAUUAUCUCGGACGUCCAUGAGAAAAUUUUUUUGGUGUUACUACAGAUGAUUUAUUACAUCUUUAGCCCUUGAAAAAUGUAAGAAAGAAUGCAAUAUGCUAUUAUUCUGGUACAAGAUUUGUCCACUGAAAAUCAAAAUUACUCAAUGUCCUGGUGGAUUCCAUCUUAAAUUCAAUGCAACUUUACAUACAUGUAUGGUGUCAAGGCCCGGAUUUGAACCUGGGCCACAUCGGAGGGAGGCGAGUGCUCCCAUUACUGUUCCACCUUUGCUCCCAAUUUAUACUACAGAAACCAGGUUGCUCCAACUGAAAAGCCACGGGGCUUAAAAGCAAACUUGAAUGUACCAUCGCUAGUAGCUUAAAUGCUAAAACUGCAGUGUUUGUCUUGUUCUGCAGGUCUCCCUGGUUUAGUUCAGGCUUAUCAGUCCUGCAUACAAAGUGUACAGCUUUAUGGUCCAACUAACAUCUCACCUAUCAUCAACCAUGUGGCCCACUUUGCACAACAAGCAGCUCAAACCCCAACUGCCUCUGUAAGUAGUGAAAAAUUAUUAAGGGUCAUCGGUUAACAGGUUAUCAGUUUAAUUACAGUCAAAUAUCACCCCCAUAGCUAGAGUCUGACAAGUUUAGUGAACUUACUUACCACAAAUAUUGCUUCAAGAUCUCUGAUUUCUUAUCAGAUAUUGGAGGCCAAAUCAUAAGAACAUGAAUUAGUACCUCAAACUUUGAGUUGUGCAGGAUCAUCAGUGGAAAUUUCAUUAAUCAUGCUCUCCUCAGCUCUUACUGGCAGGUGCACUGCUGUAGGCACUGUAGUGUUUACUAUUUCUGGUAUUAUAUAAGUAAAUGAAAUAAGGGGAUAAUUUGGAUGUUUUUUAAAAUUUAUUUCUCUUUCCAGAACUACUUCAUACUUCUAAUCCUGACUGAUGGUGUAAUCACAGACAUGGAUCAAACCAAGCAGGCUGUUGUAGCAGCAUCAGGGCUUCCCAUGUCAAUCAUUAUUGUUGGAGUUGGAGGGGCUGAUUUCAAAAUGAUGGAGGAACUUGACAGUGAUGAAGGAGUGUAAGAAGAUUUUAGAGUUUUUAAUAUCAUCGUUAGUGAAACCUGUAUUAAGCAGACUCCCAUGGGACUAAUUUUGGUGAUGUUCACUCAAUAGAGAUGUCUGCUAAAUACCCUCAGGUUUACAGAAAAUAUUAUGAAAGUGAAGAAUGAAAAUGAAUGAAAUUCAAAAAUGAAUUAUUUCAUAUAUACUUCACAUCAGAAAAUAUUAUAAUAUAAAAGCUGGAUUGCGGGGAUUUGCCAGCCAUGGGGCAGGAUUCUAUCUAGGGGCUGGCAUGGCUGGCCACAGUGGAAGCCCCUGGGUUUCCCAGGCACCCACCUUCCACCUAAGCGAGGCAGUUGGUCAAUUUUUUUUUUAUGUUCUGAUUAUAGCAUUAAAGGAGGUUGAAAUGAGGCCUUAACUGACCGUUGAUAUGAUUGAUAAAUUCUCCUUUUGUUAAUCAUAGGCAAAUACUUGGCAAUUUGGAAUUUAAGAGUAUUGAUUACUAUAGCAGUCUAUCAGUUACUAUAUUACAUAUUAUAAUAUAUUACUUAAUACUAAAAUGAAAGGCUUUAUCCACACAAGACAGACACUAUCAUUCAUAUCAAGGCAAAUAAUGUGAUAAAAUUAAUUAUUCAAUUGCUAGAUUUAUGAUAAUUUACCAAUAAAUGUUUAUGAUGUUAUAACUUAAUCGUGUAUUGCAAUAAUUAUUUUGUAAUGUCUUAUGAUCUUCAGGUUGAGGUCUGGUGGAAGAUCUGCCCAGAGGGACAUUGUUCAAUUUGUUCCCUUUAGGAAGUUCAAAAAUGUAAGCUUCCUGUUCAUUCUGACUUGCUGUUGUAUAAUAAUUUUUAUACAACUCUCUGAAAGCUAGGCUUUUUUUAGGGGUGGGGCGGUAGUGGUGGUGGUUGGAGUAGGGAAGAGGGGGGCUGGGCAUAAGCCUCAGUUGCACUGAGGGCAAAGAAGGGAGUACAGACAGUCAUAUAAUUAUCUUUGGGUGAGAAGAGGAAGUGUACAUAGGGUUUGUAUCGUACACAAGGACUGGCCUCCCCGAAGAUCUGUCCGAAAUUUCAUUUUUGGCUCAGAGCAGUCCAAAGAAUAGAUUGUGUAGAAGUGUUCAGUAUGUGAGCACUUUGCAUGCUUUAAGUACUUAAUACAGUGGUAUUGUUAUAAUAAUUGGGGGAAUGAUGGAGCCAGGUGACUUGGAAGUCUUCUUUUCUUUCAAAAUUAAUUUAUUAUGACUGUAUUAUUAAGUGUAUUGUCAGUGAAAACUCUACAACUUUAAGAAUUUUUCUAGGUAAAUUUCAUUUUGUGCAUGUGUUGUCAAGUGGCUUUCGUUUGUUAAAGCAUGUCUUUGGGCUUUGUCUUCGCUCAUUAUAAAUUAUGUUGAUUAUUUAUUCCAUUGUACGUUUCAGUCUUCUCCUGCUGCCCUUGCUAAAGAAGUAUUGGCCGAGGUACCCAAGCAGCUGACAGAAUUUUUCAGAGCCAGGAACAUCUUGCCACAGCAGCGACCAACAUAGGACAGUAAAUUUAAUUUAUAAACAAAAAUGAAAUCAAGCGAGCAGGGCUGUCAAAAAGAUUUUAAGUAGCAGGCUGGUAAUAAAUAGUAGGCGGCUUUGGAACUCGCACCAAAGGUACAAGUUCUUGAGGGCCGAGGCAUCGUGGGACAUUUUGAAAUUAGUCUCGGAAAUGCCGUUUCCAGGGGUUUUCAAGUGGUAUUUCCGGUGCAGACAUCUUGUUGUUUCGUCACAAUACACGCAAGGCUAGGAACAAUGCCGUCGAAAUGUCUCAGGCGUUUUCCGCGACAUCGCACUGUUCGAACGUUUCACAGAUCUAAACCUGUUUAAAAAUGCGUUCAGUGUCAUUCAAAACCGGGAAACGGAUGCUUUACAAUUUUAUUCGAUAGUGCUUAUUUUCAGUUUGCAGUUCUGAUAGAAGAAGAUGAAAGUAGCCUGUUAAGGAUGGCUAACUACCCGGCGGGUUUUGUCUGGCUACCGGCCCUUAUUGACAGCCCUGAGCGAGUAAACAUGUUGUUAAGGUGUCCUUAGGAUGUAAACGUGCUAGAGAAAAAAUAUUUUUUGGCACCUCAGCUUUAGAACUGCCGGCUAAAAGUUGAGAUAGAUGCCCUCUUAUAAUUUCCUAGCCCAAACGCUUCUUGGUAUUUUAAUCUCAAGUUCAGUAAGAAAAGUAAAUGGUCAACAAAAAUAUACUUGAGAGGGCUAUACAUUACACUACCCGCU